AUGCUACCAUCAAGUGUACGGCUAAUAUCGGUAAGCAUUUUAUCACCGCGCUGGGCACUUACUAGCUAUACCUGCAUCAUUGGUAAAGCGGAGUUCUUGAACAAUCCCAGUGUGGAUCCGAAGAAUUUGAAGCUGUUUGCUGGAAAGACGGAAUUCUUCUCUUCAUGGAACCAGCUAGCAACACCGUAUAUCGAACCAUCACUUCAAAUUGUGAACAUUAAGCGUGUCGUACCCUACCCUCAGAAUAAUCAGUUCAUGUACACCGAUGAUGCGGUACUGCUGGAGCUAGCCACUCCCCUGGAGUUGAACGAUGUCAUCGGCAGUGUGUGUCUGACGGAGACAUCCUCCACCUUAGAUCUGAAGCAACCGUGCAUUAUCGCUGGAUGGGCAUCCACUCUCGAGGAUACGGCCACAACGGAGCAGUAUAUCACCCGUGUAACCGUGGCGAACGUGCCAACGGAGCGUUGCAACUUCUACAACGGUACGCAUCCGACCAACAUGAUAUGUGUAGAGUCUCUGGAGAGCGACCAGAACAUUUGCUAUAGCGAUGAAGGUGCACCUCUGAUGUGCUACGUCAAUAGUACUGGCCAGUGGCAGCUAGAAGGUUUCCUCAGUAACUAUGGUAACUGUGAUAACCGGCCAGCUAUCUACAAUUAUAUUACCCCCACCAUUUCCACCUGGAUCCGCAAUACGGUCGGCAAUGGCCGUAUGUUCGAACACACGAUCAUAAACAAAUAA